AAAUAUCUUUUGUUUUGUAGAUCAUACAAAAACUAUCGAUAAAAAAAUUUCUAGAGAAAAAAAGUCACCAUAUCUUUCUGUCUUCACUCAAAAAAAAUUUUUUUGUAUCAAACAUUCAAGUUUCCGACGACAUUUCAUUAUUCACAUUUUUGAAAGCGAGUUCCCAGUUUUUUUUUCUCUUCGUCUUCGUUACAAUUUAAAUUUAAUUAAACGAAUACCAAACGCAAUUAGCAAUGAGUGCUCUGAUGAAAAAUUUGCACGUGCAUUUCGAUGACGAGGUCUUGUCCGAAAGUGCAGCGAAAAAACGUUUGGACGACGAAUUGAAGGCAAGUCAGAAAGCCAUGGUUGGAAUAACGUUAAAUUAUUCUCGCGAAAAAUUGCUCGAAUUUGGCCAGAGCAAAGCAUCGAAAGAGCCACCAAAAAUGUUUGAUCUUAGCGGUGCUGAUGACAAACGAAUGGAAAAAAUUCGACAUGUGCUUAAAAAUAGCGACAUUUUGAAAUCACGAAAAAGUGGCGCAUCCGAUGCACAAAAAGAUCAAGCACGCAGCAAUUUUCAGCAAAUGAUUUCGGCUGCUGUUUCGAAUGCACAACAACAAAAUGGUGAAUAUGCGUCUAAUCGACGACGCAUUGGUAGCGGUCGUAUUGUAGACAAUUUCAAUGCACAAGAUAAUGUCUAUGCGAUUGGAAUGGAUGUCCGUUAUAUGCGCAACAAAUUGUUUAAAGAGGAUGGAAAAGUUGUGAAAAAUUGGAAGCAUUCGGAGAUGGUAAACCAAACAUCUGACACUGACAACGCCGAUUCCAAAUCCGACGAACCGGAAUGGGCUAAUUGCGGUCCAAUAUCAAAACAUGAUAUCAUUGAAUUACAUGGUUUUGAUGGUCCAGAAGACGAAGAUACGCAAAAAAGUGAAAGUGUAUCCGUAUCACCGCCAGCACGUAAUAGUACACCAUCCAAAACUGGUUCAAUGAAAUCGGCUAAUAACGAUGAACACUUCAAUUUUGAAGAUUUUCUCAAACUCGAUUUGCCACCGUCGGUGAACUGUUCACGUGACCUUGGCACCGGUGAAUCACGGUUCUCGCAAUGGUUUGGUCGCGACAAGCCAACAUAUCCGAGUGGAAAAUUCACCGCUGGUACCAACACAUUCGAUACAAAAUCGACGCAACAAUUUUUCGACUAUCAUCAAAAGGCAAACCAAAAGAAGACAAAUGUACCCAACAAACUUCGAAGUGUCGACGAAUUGGAAGCGGACUGGUGUCCACCGAAUCAGGCAAAGCAACAAGAGCAAAAUGGUCAACAAACUGAUAUCAAUGCCAUUCGCAUGAUGCUAAAUCAAUUGGCCACAUCGACUGUAUGCCAAAAACAAAAUUCAAUGAAUGCAGCUCAGACAAACUUUUUGCUCAAUUUGAUUAAUAAGAGUGCUGAAACCUUGUAUCAGCAUCGUUUGUCACAAAAUGCAACCAUGAAACGACCAGAUGCUCAACUUUUGUUACAUCGUUUGGUAAAUGGAGAAAUCACCCAGUACCAUAUUUUGCAACAAAUUGGCAAUCCCACCGUUCAUCAACAUGAUCGCGAAACAUUUCUGGCCGUUUUUGCAUUUUGCAAUGAAAAUCAACAAUGGCUACUCGACCAACAACAGCAGCAAUUGAAACAAAAAGAGCAAAUGAGCCGUCAACUUCGUCAGUUGCAAAUGAUUCAAAUGAAAAAUGGUAACAUGCAAUCGCCAACACCACAAGAGCUACAAAUUCAUACACAGGCCAUUAUGCAAAAUGCAUUGCAAAAGAAGCAAUUCGAAGACCAGUAUCGUAAUUUACAAAGCUUGAAAAUCGGUGGCAACCAGCCAAAAUUCCAAUCAUACAAAUCGAACAAUUUUAUGGCCAACAAUCAGCCAUACAACAACAAUCGCUUCGGCUACAAGCACCAAAAGCAAAGCCAAUUUGGACAAAAUGGUUUGCAAUUCAUUCAAUCGCAAAAUAAGUCGAUGUGGAAUCGCCAAGGUCAAGUAAAUAUGCCGUUCAUGGGUGGACCAUCAGCCAACAGUGGUGUACGCAACAAUGAUUUCAUGGCAUACGACACAACCGGCCGAUCGAUGGGUUUGAAUUUGGCGCAGGCUAACGCUGACAAGAUGCCGAUUACCGUCGACAAAUAAUAUCAUGCUUGCAACUGAAGCUCAAAACAACUGCAAACAAAACCGUCAAUUCGAUUUUUUUUUCUUAACAUAAUUUUUUUUCACAAUUUU